AUGGCCUCUCGUUCAAGUAGAUCAUCAUACUUUGGCAACGAGCGGUUCAAACCUCGACAAGUGGUGCGAGCUCCAGAAGAUGCAUCACAAACGAAGGGGGGUGCCUUUGACUACGUCCUCCUCUGUGUCAAGGCCCUACCAGAUGUCUACGACCUUGCCGCCGUCAUCGAGUCCGUCGUUACCCCACAACAUACAUGUAUCCUCGUUAAUACAACACACGCGUUAGGCGUCGAGGCCCAUAUCGAAUCCAGGUUUCCUAGCAACGUUGUCCUGUCCCUCGUUUGUGGCGCGGAGAUUACACAAUUAGCUCCCAGCGAGUUCGAACACAAAGGGUCAACGGAGAUCUGGGUUGGGCCGGCAAAUAUAAACCCAUCGAUGCCGGGCACGAUACAGAAUGAUAUGGCUGAGGCAUUGGCAAUGACCCUGAGCAGUGGGCAGGUGGACUGCCAUGUUUCCAAUAACAUACGCCAACAGCAAUACGAACGUAUGAUCGGCCCAAUUGCCUUCCAGCCCCUGAGCGUAAUAUUCGAAACCCCUUCGCAUUCAGCCUUACUAGAGAAAGUGGGCGUCAAGUCACUGAUAUCUGAUAUUUUUGACGAGCUCCUCAACAUCGCCCAAGCACAAGACUGUCGUUUCCCUGCGGAUUUCAAGGCGAAGGUCAUGGGCGAAAUGGUGCGACCAACAGAGGCAAACAGUAUCAUGUACCAGGAUUUUGCCGCCAGACGACCAAUGGAGAUUGAAACAUAUCUAGGAUCGCCCAUUAAGCUUGCACAGAGUGUGGGUGUUCAAGUACCACGCAUCGACACUUUAUAUACGAUUCUUCACAACUUAAACAUUGUCAAUCAGCAGAGAAAGGAUAUUCCGGCGCCGUCUCCAGGCCCCAAUGGGGCCCCAGCACGGUUGUCCUCUCUUCCGCCCGGGAGAGCGAUGAUGAAUGGCCCUCCCAAUGGCAUGGGACCCAACAGAGGCCGCGGAAGAACGCCAUCGAUGAAUGGCCCCCCAAUGGGCAUGCGCAGAGGGCCUCCGCCGAUGAGUGGUGGCCCAGCUAAUGUAUAUGGUAGAGCUGUGAACGGCAAUGGAUACCCUGGUCCCCGAAACCAAUCCAGAAGGGGCUCGCUGGAUGGCAAUGACCUAGAAGAAUUCAGCCACCUGGUACUGUAUGAUGAUAUUCCGGAAUCGGGGGAAUCUAAUUAUGGGGGUGAUGGUCCUGAAAUGGGAAUGCGUGAGCGAGAACUAAUGCUCCGACAACGAGAGCUUGCAUUGAGAGAACAGGAAAUGAGAAUGCGAAGUCGUGGCGGCCCCGGACCCCGCAGAUCAGCCGCACCAUCAAUACGAAAUGGUGGAUAUGAUGACGAUGACGACGAGGACGGUUUCGAUCCUCAAGAUGGCCCUCCCCCACCCGUAAUUGAUCCUGAUAACUUUGAUAUGAUGAGUGUCACCUCUCGUCGAAACCGCAAGGCUCCUAGUGCAAGCCAAUUCCGCAAGAACCCAGAAUUUGGCGACGCUCCUCCGCGGAGAGGGGGUGGUUUCAUGCGCCCUGGAUAUUUGAGGAACCGGGCUAGUGCGCAAAUGAUGAGCCAAGUCCCUGGCCUACAUGAUAGCCUGAUGGAUGACCCCCUCAUGGGCUACUCGUCGAACCGAUAUGGCACGGUUGAUCGGCAACAAAUGGGAAAGGAGUCUAGGAAUAACUCGCUCACAUCUGUUAGACUCGACGAGCUACAAUAUGGCGGACCUCCCCACCCCAACGGUGCCGGGCCUUAUCCACGGCGAGCGAGUCAAUCCCCAGGCAAUCCAUAUAGUCCGCAGAUGGGGAGAGGUGGCAGACCAUCGCCUCCCAACGGAUACGGCCCUCCGAUGAAUGGUCGGCCUUCUCCGCCAGGAGGUAUGAUGAGGCAGCCGGUCCCGCGUCAUCCUCCCGGUCAUGGAAAUUCGGUUGCACCGCAACAGGUUGAACAAUAUGCAGGGGUGAGCGCCCUCCAUCCUCCGAAAGGCCCCAUGAACGUUCGAAGUCUGACGGGUAGUGCGAGUGCUAGCGCGGGGAGUGGUGAUAGUGCCAAUAUCGAUUCCGAGCCCUCUGCUCAUAGCAGCCAGAGCAGUCUUGGACCACGACCGCCCACCGGCGUACGGUAA